UUAGUUGGUGUUUGGACUAAAUCACCUUCUGAAAUCUCUUCCAACCCUUAAAAAAAAAAAAAAAGUCUUCACCCAUUCCAUGAUGGUGUGCGGUUCUUGAAAGGUCUGGAGCACCUCUACCCUCAUGUCUGGGACCUUGCCCCCCUCGGGAUGUGACUCUUCUGCUGUCAAGGCUCAUGGGUCCCAGCUUUGAACCCUUUGCUUCUUGCUCCCUCCUGCUUCUCUCCUGGAAGAUCUCCUUCUUGGUUGCUAUAACUUUGGCUCAUAGGGUGUCCAACAUCAGGGCACUCACAUCAGAGCCGCCUUAUACGGUCUUCUAUAAGGACAAGAUCCAGCUGCAUCUGCACCUGGCUUUUCUGCCCAAGCUCAUCUUCCAGUUUCAUACUGGUCAAGACAUAUAUUUACUGGUCUUUUGUCCAAAGCCUCAUGGAAUGGAUGAGGAAUGCAGGCUGCAUAUCCUGGACGUCAGACGGGCGCUGGCCUUGUACAUGGAUAGAAUGAAGAUGUUCUGAACGUCAAUGCAGUUGUUCAUUUCUGUCGCAGAGGAAGGGUUGCCCAGUGUCUGCCCGGAGAAUCUCAUCUUGGAUCACGGCCUGCAUCCAUUACUCUUAUGAACUGGUGAAGAUGCCCCUGCCGACUAGCAUGAUGGGUCAUUCCACUAGGGCGCAGGAAUCAUCAGCAGCCUUCCUGGCGCAUGUGCCGAUCCAAGAAAUCUGUCUGGCUACAACCUGUGUUUCCAGUUUCCAAACCUGGUGCGAUCUUGCAGCUGGAACGAGGGGAAGAGCUGUGGAUCCCAGACCUCCAGAGUUCUGAGAAAGAAGUGCUCCCGAGAGCUGCCUGCACAGGUAGUGACCUAUGUCUGGAUUCUUUCUGUCUCCCAUCAGGUGUUGGGAUGAUGAGUGAGAAUGAGGAGGAGAAACCCCAGCAGGAAGAUGCUGAGCAAGUAGAACCACAUGGGACGUUAUCAGGAAGAUCCAAAGGGAAUGUUUCCAGGAGUUGUGCACUCCCAGAAAAAGCAAAAGCCUGUGAGACUCAGCAGAUGCCAGAAGAAAACUUGAGGAUCCACUCAGACCUUAUUACACAUGAGAGAAUCAACUUGGAAGAGCCACGCUACACAUGCCAUGAGUGUGGGAAAAGCUUCAAUGGGAGCUCUCACCUUCUCAGACAUCAGGGAAUCCACAGAGGAGAGAAGCCCUACACGUGUUCUGAGUGCGGGAAUAGCUUCAGUCAGAACUAUACCCUUAUCAGACAUUGGAGAACCCACACUGGAGAGAAACCUUACAUGUGCUCUGAGUGUGGGAAAAGCUUCAAUCAGAGCUCAAACCUUAUCAGACAUAGGAAAAUACACACAGGUGAGAAACCCUAUGAAUGCUCUGAGUGUGGGAAACACUUCAUUCAUAGUUCAGCCCUCAUCUCACAUCAGAAAAUCCACACAGGAGAGACACCCUACAUAUGCUCUGAGUGUGGGAAAAGCUUUAAUAAUAGCUCUGACCUGAUCACACAUCGUAGAAUCCACACAGGAGAGAAACCCUACUCGUGCGCUGAGUGCGGGAAAAGCUUCAAUCAGAGCUCAAUCCUUACUAGACAUCAGAAAAUCCACAUGAGAGAGAACUGUAAUAAAUGCCUUGACUAGGGCUGGCCAAAGAUUUUUUCUUUAAAAAAAAAAUCACAUUUGCUAAUUCCCACAGAGUGAUCCUUGCACCAUCUUCACCGUGGUCACUCAGCUCCCCCAGAUGAGUUGCCUGCUUCUGCCUUUUGCAGCUCACCUUCUUUGGAGUCAGUCCUGUGAUCUUUACUGUCAACUCCUUUUCUUUUGAGUCGUAGGAGUGUGUGUCCCUCCAGCCAGGAAUGUUCAUCAGCUCCAGGUGGGAGCGAGAGUUUUGAUCCCAACAAGCUACACUGAGGCAAAAACUACCUGUGCCUUACAUCCACUAGGACAUGGCGCUGGCUACUCAAGUUAGUGAUGUUGGUGUAAAAAGACAAUUGUAGUUGUAGUGCAGAUGCAGCCCAGGUGCAGUGGUUGCAUUAGCUUUCUCCUUGACCUGACCUAAACUCCAUCACUUUUUCUAGUUUAAACAAACCCUCAGCAUCACGGUUAUACUGUUCCCGCAUUUCAAAGCAAUAGUUAGUAAUCGGUGACAAUGAAAUUAAACAUGAAGUUAAUUAGUGGAAUGUAAGAGGCUGAUUCUGUGAUAACUUCCAGUGUUACAAUAUGAUUCAGGUUUUCUUCAAGUUCUCUCCCUGCCCCCUCCUACUCUAUCGAAAUGGUGGCUAAUCCUGAAAUUAAAACCUCACUCCAAAGGAAUUAGAACGGGGGAAUAUGUGAGAGACAUAGCAUGUACAAGAAUAGAGACCCAGUACGGGCUGUAAUUAUUUCUAUUUAAAAUUGAAUUUAUUUUGAUAAAUUUUAAAAUAAAUCUUCUGUUAAGAGGAAAAUUACUUGAGACAAGUUGUGUAACCUUUUACCCAUCCCCUACAGUUCUGAUGUGUUUUUGUUUGUUUGUUUGUUUUCUCCUCCGGUGGUUACUUUUUAAUA